UGGCUCAGUUCCUUGCAAACAUUCAGACACUCCCAAGUCAAAACCCAGUGGAGACUUUGUGCUCAGCUUCUUUCUCAGCUGCUGUUUUCUUGUCCAGCCUCCCUCCCUUUCUAGGAUGGAAAUGGAUGCGAUCUUACAGAAACUAAACACGGAUGAACAGGAAGUGGUACAGAGCAUUCUGACUGAAUACAACAAAGAGCACUCCCAGUGUUUUUUCUUCAAUGCUGAAGAACGAGAAAGGCGUAAGAAACUUGGUGAGUUAGUGGUGAAAUAUUUAGAUCGUGAUCUUCAACCUUCCUGUCAGCUGGCGUGUCUAGAAACCAUCCGGAUCCUGUCACGGGACAAGUAUGGACUCUUACCAUUUCUUACAAAGAAUGCUUUGCAAACACUGGCAAGGCAUGCUGGGAUUGACUAUGCUGAGGAGAGGGGCAGGUGGCAAAUCUUGGACAAUGAUGCAACUGUGGAGGCUCUGAAGUGCAUCUGCAACAUUGUGUACAACAGCACCAUUGCUCAGGAGGUCGCUGUGGAGCUGCGACUUAUCAUAGGCUUGACAGAACGUCUAAAGCUGUACAAUGAAGCCAACUCGCCCCAUGACAGUAAAUUCUAUGACCUGCGCUUGAUCUUCCUGCUGACAGCCCUAAGAGUAGAUAUGAGGAAACAACUGGCACAGGAACUGAGGGGAGUCAGCCUCCUGACUGAUGCCCUGGAGAGCACCCUCAGACUGAAGUGGGCAGACAUGUAUGAAGUGGUGACUGAGCAGAACUCCCUUCCUCUGCCAAGGGAAGAGACAGAACGGGCAAUGGAGAUACUAAAAAUCCUGUUCAACAUUACUUACAACAUCAGUGGGAAGGAGGUGGAUGAGGAGGAUGCCGCUCUCUAUCGCCACCUGGCAGCAAUAUUACGUCACUGCCUGUUGAUCAAAAGUGAUGGGGAAGAGAAAACAGAGGAAUUUCAUGGGCAUACUGUGAACUUGCUGGUAAAUCUUCCCCUCAUGUGCCUGGAUGUAUUGCUCAUUCCUAAGGUGGAGCAGGGCUCUGUGGAGUACAUGGGAGUCAAUAUGGAUACUGUUGAAGUACUACUGAUUUUCAUGGAGAAGCGCCUAGAUAGGGGCCAUAAGUUGAAGGAGACCUUGACACCUGUCCUGAAUCUUUUGACUGAGAGCUCACGUGUACAUAGAGAGACUAGAAAAUUCCUUCGCUCCAAGGUCCUUCCACCACUUCGGGAUGUGAAGAACAGGCCAGAAGUAGGGAAUACCCUGAGAAAUAAGCUUGUGCGCCUCAUGACACAUGUUGAUACAGAUGUCAAACACUGUGCUGCUGACUUCCUGUUCGUGCUGUGCAAAGAAAACGUGUCUCGGUUUAUUAAGUACACCGGUUAUGGUAAUGCUGCCGGGCUGCUGGCCGCACGGGGACUGCUUGGUGCAGGUAAAGGUGAGGGGCAGUACUCAGAAGAUGAAGACACUGAUACUGAGGAAUACAGAGAAGCAAAAGCAAACAUUAAUCCAGUGACGGGGCGUGUAGAGGAAAAGCAGCCAAAUCCUAUGGAGGGGAUGACGGAAGAACAGAAGGAAUAUGAGGCAAUGAAACUGGUCAGCAUGUUCAACAAGCUUUCCAGGGAUCAGAUAUUCCAGCCAAUGACAGUUAAACAAGAUGGAAGACUGGCUCCCCUGGAUGAGGCAGUUCAAAGUGCAGGUGAACGAAAUGAGUCUUCAGGAGCAGAGACUGAUUCGGACUAAGACAAUGAAAUAUAAAAACAAGAAAGUUGAGCAAAAUAGCCAUGAAGUAAAUGGUGGCACCACAAGCACAAGCGACUUUCUACAGACAAGACCACCCAAGACACGUUUAGUGGCACAUGCACACCCAGUAGGACUCUCACUUACUUUAGUUAUUCUGCUUGCUGUGUUCAGAGGUUGGACUGAUAUCAAAAGAGGGAAAGGAAAAAUAUUUCUUUUCUGGUAAGCUACAAGUAUUGACAAAGACAUUCCUUUAGGACUGUACAUUUUGAAUGAGGGCAUUAAUAGUACGAGUGAAUGUAUUCUUGUAGGACUGCGCCAGCUGUGUGUGAAGAAAUUAGUGUUGUUUAGUAACAGUGUUUCUAAAGAUAUUCCAGUAGGACUGUUGAGAUAUGAGCAAAAGCAUUCCUGUAGGACUGAAACAGUGUGAUUGAAGGCAGCCCUGCAGGAGUGUAAUGCUGUCUGUGCAGACAUUCCUGUAGCACAGUGGCAGUAUGAGUGAAAACAUUCAUGUAUAACUGUUAACGUUUUAUGUGCAGGUAUUCCUCUAAGACUGAAAACAGAAGACAUUCCUGUAGGACUUAAACACAGUAAGGAAAGGCAUUCCUGUAGGAGUGUAGCACUGUAAGUGAAUGGAUUCCUGUAGGACUGUAAAUUUGUGUGCGAAGACAUUUCUUGUAAGAUUGUGUCAGUAAAAGUGAAGAUAGUCCUGCAGGACUGUAGCAGUGCAAGAGAUGGCAUCCUUGUACGACUGUACUUGUACAGUCGGAGAGAUUCCUAUAGAAUGGUAACACUGUGAGUGAAGACAAUUGUAGCAGUAUGAGUAAAGGCAUUCCUGUAGGAUAGCUGUACUAGCAUGCCAGUAGUAUUAUAUUCUACAAACUUAACUUGUAAGAGCAGAUGCUGGAAGGCUAGAACAUCAGAAUGUACCUUUGGCAUCAAACGUAUCAGGGCAAGCAUUACUUCAUUGAUUUUGUGAGAUAAACCUAAAACAGAGUCUGUAUCUUUUAAGAUUACAAAAAACAGAAUACACAGUGAUUGCAAGAACUUUGAGAGAAUGAAAAAAAAAUUAAGGCUAAGGAUUGCCCAAUGAAAUAUUAACAUUUUUUCUAAUACAUUGUAAAAUAAUAGUUAAAAAAUAUUGCUCUUACUAAACUCCAUGAGGAAAUUAUUUACUGGGUAUGUACAUACAUGUCCACGUGUGUUUGUGUGUAUAUUUGUGUAUGCAUGUGUGUAUGUAUGUGCAUAUGUGAUUUGAGUCUUGGGUGUGGGUGUGUGGGUGUGUGUUUCUAAUGCAUCUAAAUUUCUCAGGCUGUAUUCCAGCUGCCCUCACAUUUUCCUACCUGACUCUAUCCAAGAAAUGGGGGAAAAGAUGUGCUUGGAAUACUUUUUCACGCUAUGUUUUUGUACCUUUGUAUGUUAUUAUAACGGAAGAUGUGUAAUGAGCUUAAUUAUGUAAUAUUUUUCAGAUGUUAUGAUAGCUACAGGAACAAGGGCUUUUUAUGUUCCUUUCAGAAUCAACACUCAAAUACAGCUUCAUAGCACGAUGAAGUCAAAUACAGUGAAUCUUGGUUUCUUCUGCAACAAGGUCUUUUCCUUAUCCUGUAAAUAUUUUAAAUUUAGUAAAUCUCAAAGUGUCAGAUUCACAUUAAGUCAAUGAUUUUCAUGCUCAUAAUAGCAGGUGUCUUAAGGUAUGGUAUUUGCCAUAUUUAAAACUGACAAUCACUGAGACUAGAACACUUAAUUAUUCUGCUAAACGUCACUUAUUUAAAGUAUUGGAAAAGAUCUGAAGUUCUCAGGUAAAUGCCCAUUAAUAAUACCACCUACUUGUGAUUUUGUUUCUGUUGAUAUGCCUACUCUUACACGUAUAGACAUGCAUUCACUACGUUUGUUUUAUUAAUAUGACAGCUAUCCUGUCGUAUAUUUAGUAGGUUUACUAUCGCAGUCUUGAGACCACUGUCUUGAAAUCCAUAAUUUCAAAACCAUAAUAUUGGAAGACCAAAAUGCUGAAAGACCACAAUAUCAAAUUUCUGGGUCUACACCCUUGCAGGACCCAAGUUAGCGGUUGUUCCUGGGUCACCACCCAUUUAGGACCCCCAUUAGCACUGCUUCUUUGUUCACACUUGUAAGGUGAUUCAGUAAUCACGAUUUUAGGGAUUGUGGUCUUUCAGGGUUUUGGUCUUACCUCAGCUGAUGCCAUCAUUCCAUAUAAAUGCUUCAUAGCCUCCUGUCUUGUGAUGACAAAACACCUUAUACACAUGUUUAGAUUGUCAUGCAUGAUCCUGGAUGCAUGCUGAUGACUGGUUAAGAUGUUUACUUGGGAUCCUGCAUGCAUGCUGAUGACUGGUUAAGAUGUUUACUUGAGAUCCUGCAUGCAUGCUGAUGAUUGGUUAAGACGUUUACUUGGGAUCCUACAAGCAUGCUGAUGAUUGGUUAAGAUGUUUACUUGCUUUCCUCUGAGUUCUUAGAGAGCUUUGUUUGGGUUCACCAAUUCUGCUACUUGUUCAGAGCUGUGUGGCUCUGGUUCUACCCUUUGGAUGUGACCAUCAUCUAUCAUUGCCCAUCCCACAUGGGAUCAUUCCACAUUGUUAUAUUAGGAUCCAUUAAUAAACAACUGCAUAAUAGGUCUUAAGAGGCAAAUUUGUUACACUGGCCCUAAGUUUCCUAUUCUGUUUAUACCUGAUGUGUAUGCUUUUGUCAACUCUCAGUUAACUGGCAGAUGGGUUUCAAUCUACAAUCACAUGCAAUAUUCAAGUGAAUUUAUCUUUGGGUGUCAGAAAUGUCUCUCACUUAGCAGAAUUUUCAUAUGUUCAUCAAUUCUAUCAGAGUGAGCAUUGUGUGUGUGUGUGUGUGUGUGUGUGUGUGUGUGUGUGUGUGUGUGUGUGUGUGUGUGUGUGUAAAAUGACUACUCUGGAUCUAACAGCUUUACUGACCCAUAUCGAUCAGGCCACUUACCUGGGUGCCUUCAAACAAUUUGAUAUUUCCUUUAUUACUGACAUGAUGCUUAGCUGAUUAGUAAGUAGUAAGUCUGAAAUUUGCAUUUGGCCAUCUGUUGUAAAUUCACAUACAGAAAUGAUUUAAAUGAAUCCAGUAUAUUAGAUGCGAUGUAGUUAGCAUGCCUGUUUGACUGUUAUGCCUGUUCUUGAUCUAGACUCCCCUUUAUCUGUUGUUGAAGUUUCUACUGUUGCUGUUUGGAGCUAGUUGUUUGAUUAGCAUCAACAACACAUUACAUGUCAUCUUCACCACCAGUUCUGACGAUAGCUGUGCAGAAUGUAGGGUUCACCUGUAGUAUUCUCACUCGCCUUCCAUUUGGUAUCUGCACUUCUUGACAUAAGAACUUUCUCCAUUUCAUUUGGGACCUCUUUGUUUUAUAUUAUAAAUGUGUUUCCUCCUAUUUUACAGGUUUUAUAUAUCAUCAUACCUCCUAUGGCUUUAUUUGGUCACUUCCUUGUGCUUUUAAUUUUGCAUCAUUAGCACAACGGUAUUUUAUUGAUGCAUCCCCUACUGAACUCACAUCUUAAGACGAUCUUAUCUUUUCAGCCAAGACCUCCUGUCAUAGGUUCUUUCUUUCAUUACUAGGCUAAUGACCUCAGGGGGCAUUUUUAAGCCUAGACAUGUUUCUGAAAUGUAUCUGACAAGUUUUGAUACCCUAAGGUUAUUUUAAGAGGUAUACAUAGGCUUGGGCAUGGAUGGUCAAGCAUUUAUCGACUGCCUGUCUCUCCUAGAGACAUAGGUACUAGACAAGGGGUAAGUUUCCAAUUUCCCCUUCCAUUAGUCAAAGCUGCACUUGAAUUAGGGUAGGGAAGAACUCUGCUUCAUGUGAAUGGCUAACUUGUUCCAGAGAAGGGGUAGUCUCUGAGAUGCAUACCUGUCCUUCCAUUGUGUUCUAUUUAUGGUGCAGAUGAUGUUUACGUCUCUAGAUCAAGUAAUUCUGAUGCUAUUUGUUUUGCAGAUGUGCAACAGGUCCAUUUGAGUAGGAUUAGAUAAUACUUUGCAGGCCAGGUAUAGAUCAUUUGUCAGCAAUUUAUAGGAGACUAAGUACAGGGAAAGGGCUUUGAGGCAGUCCUUGUACGGCAUGUUGUUUAGCAUGAAACCUCUGUGGAUGUUGCAGUUGGUGAAUAUGCCUGUGCCAGUACAUACCAAAGGGAUCACUGUACUCAAUAAUCAAUAUAAGGGCAGAGUACAGUGGAAUAAGGACAUCUUUUGACCUAGAUAACAUGCCCCUGCUUAUAAGAGAAGAUGAAUGACAACAAAUGUGCUUAAUAAGGGCCUGUGUGUUCAUGUACAGUGACUUAACACGUUUAUUCAUUCGUUGUACCGAUCUGAAAUAUGAGCAAGUGUCCUGUGUCACUAUCCAGCAUACAUAUUGAUUAAUAAGCUGACCCCUUGUUUACUACCAGUGUAAUACAAACAGAAGGAUAUUUUUAUUGGUAAGAGGAAGGAAUUAAGCAUUCCUUUUUAAGCACUGAUUUUCCCCAGUAAGAAACAGCAGGCCAUUGGAAAGAGCAGUCAUUUGCAGAUACUAAUUUUUUUCUGAUUCCUAAAAUAAUUUCUGACGCGAGUUAAUUGUGCACCUAUAUACUUGGCGUCAGUUCAGAUUUUCACUGGUGCAUUGUGGCACAUAGUUUAGUGACCUGCACAGUGACCACAAAAUCUGUUUUUUUCUUAUACCUAUGUUAGUAAAUUUGAUGUGUACUGCCUAUGUUAGUAAGUCUGAUGUGUACAACCUAUGUUAGUAAGUCUGAUGUGUACAACCUAUGUUAGCAAGUCUGAUGUAUGCAACCUAUGUUAAUAAGUCUGAUGUAUACUGCCUAUGUUAGUAAGUCUAAUGUGUACUGCCUAUGUUAGUAAUUCUGAUGUGUACAACCUGUGUUAAUAAGUCUGAUGUGUACUGCCUAUGUUAAUAAGUCUGAUGUGUACUGCCUAUGUUAGUAAAUCUAAUGUGUACUGCCUAUGUUAGUAAGUCUGAUGUGUACAACCUAUGUUAGUAAGUCUGAUGUGUACUGCCUGUGUUAGUAAGUCUGAUGUGUACUGCCUGUGUUAGUAAGUCUGAUGUGUACAGCCUAUGUUAGUAAGUCUAAUGUGUACUGCCUAUGUUAGUAAGUCUGAUGUGUACAGCCUAUGUUAGUAAGUCUGAUGUAUACAGCCUAUGUUAAUAAAUCUGAUGUGUACUGCCUAUGUUAAUAAGGCUGAUGUGUACUGCCUAUGUUAGUAAUUCUGAUGUGUACAACCUGUGUUAGUAAGUCUGAUGUGUACUGCCUGUGUUAGUAAGUCUGAUGUUUACUGCCUAUGUUAGUAAGUCUGAUGUGUACAACCUAUUUUAGUAAGUCUGAUGUGUACUGCCUAUGUUAAUAAGUCUGAUGUGUACAGCCUAUGUUAAUACGUCUGAUGUGUACUGCCUAUGUUAGUAAGUCUGAUGUGUACAACCUAUGUUAGUAAGUCUGAUGUGUACUGCCUAUGUUAAUAAGUCUGAUGUGUACAACCUAUGUUAGUAAGCCUGAUGUGUACUGCCUGUGUUAGUAAGUCUGAUGUGUACAGCCUAUGUUAGUAAGUCUGAUGUGUACUGCCUAUGUUAAUAAGUCUGAUGUGUACAUCCUAUGUUAAUAAGUCUGAUGUGUACAACCUAUGUUAGUAAGUCUGAUGUGUACUGCCUAUGUUAGUAAGUCUGAUGUGUACAACCUAUGUUAGUAAGUCUGAUGUGUACUGCCUGUGUUAGUAAGUCUGAUGUGUACAACCUAUGUUAGUAAGUCUGAUGUGUGCAAUCUAUGUUAGUAAGUAUGGUGUGUACUGCCUAUGUUAAUAAGUCUGAUGUGUACAACCUAUGUUAGUAAUUCUGAUGUGUACUGCCUAUGUUAAUAAGUCUGAUGUGUACAGCCUAUGUUAGUAAGUCUGAUGUGUACUGCCUAUGUUAAUAAGUCUGAUGUGUACUGCCUAUGUUAAUAAGUCUGAUGUGUACAACCUAUGUUAGUAAGUCUGAUGUGUACUGCCUAUGUUAGUAAGUCUGAUGUGUACAACCUAUGUUAGUAAGUCUGAUGUGUACUGCCUGUGCUAGUAAGUCUGAUGUGUACAACCUAUGUUAGUAAGUCUGAUGUGUACUGCCUAUGUUAAUAAGUCUGAUGUGUGCAGUCUAUGUUAGUAAGUCUGGUGUGUACUGCUUUCCAGAUAAGAGCUGCCCUGUGAUGGAUGCCAUUUCAUCUGGGGUGCUGCCAGGAGUAUGCCAUAGAAGAGUCUAGUUUGAACUCAAUCCUGAACGGCAUAAAGCAAGUGUGUGUGUGUGUGUGUGUGUGUGUGUGUGUGUGUGUGUGUGUGCGUGUGUGUGUGUGUUUCAACAGCAAUUUCACCCUUGAAAGAAAGGAUGUUGAUGACAUUCUCCCCCUAUGCCCACUUCUGCUGCAUUCCUGCCUUUUAUGCUGCAGUCUUCAACUGACUGCAUUCUUUCAUAUACCUAUUCUGCAUAAAAUUAUAAUUGCUCACUUUCUCCCAAUGCCUAUUUCUGUCAGAAUGAUGCUGAGGUAAACAUCAAACUGUAAAGUCCCAGAAAUGAAAUGACUAAAAUAUGUUGUCUAUACUUUUACAACUAUUCAACCCACAAUCUGCUAUAUUCUAGUACUAGAAUGUGCUUGAUAGCCUACGAUAAAGUACUUAUGAAAGAAAAAUGUAUUCAUGAGCCAUUCCCCUUUAAAGUCACCUACCACAUGCCCUCCACGAGUGCUUGAUUCAGAUUUCAAACAACAGCAGUCAUUCACUUUAUAAACUCAUUUUAAUUCUUCAUACACACAACUAUGAUUUAGUCUGUCAAACCGUCUUGUAGCCCCACCAAACUUGUUUUGCCCUUAAAAUGAUCAUAUUCUACAAACUUGGCACAGUGUAGAAAGUCCUAUUUUAGAGAUUUUUUUGACAUCUAGAUACAUUUUGUUUAUCUCACUCCAUCCACUGCUACUGUACAACAAAACAUUCUAAAAAGUCAAAUCUUUUUUUUUUAUUUCACUGCAGCUAUAUUUAUAUUGGUAAUAUCAGCUUUUGUAGCUUUGGGUGCAUGUGUGUGUUUGUGUGUACAAGACAGUCUAGUCAUGUGUGAGUAAGUAUGUAUGUAUGUAUGUUUUAAGCGUGUUUGUGUAUAUCUUUAUCAUGUUAUGCUUCAAAUCACUGCUGCCAAUUUCUCAUACUGGGCCCUCAUAUUCUGAAAUGAUUUGCACUCAGGGCACAAAGCUGUACAUGAUGGUCUUGGUGCAGUUAUCUUCCCCAAGAUUAGGACUGUUUCAAAUCCACUGAUUUAACAUAAAUUAAAAAGAAAAAAGCUUCUAAAUUAACAUCGGUGUUACAUAAAUUAAUUAUUGCUUGCACUAUGCCCAAACUAAAUUAAAUUAUUGAUUGAUAGAGUAUUCAAAAUGCAUUGCGUCUUCAAACUAGAUUCCUUCUUUAAAACAAAUUCUUUCAUUUAGUAGACACAUUCUACUCAGGGGUAUGUAUUUUGAAUACUUUUAAGACUCGGUCAGGUAUUAAACAUGUGUGGGCUGCAGCUUUCUCCCUUACAUCUCUGUAUCAGAAUUAUAGCAGUGCCGUUUGCAAGACUUACGUAAACACUUACCUUUAUUCGUGUUACUCAUAUAAGUCAGGUAAUAGCCUGAAGUGAAGAUAUAUUAUCCCAUGAUAUAUUUAUUCUCUAAUUUAUAUUGAAUAUUUUCUAACCAUAAAUAUAACUGCAAUUCCUUUCUGAAAAAGGAUUUGUAUAUGUUCCAGGUAUAUUUACCUAGAAAUCAGAACGAUUGCCCAUUAGUCCGGAAAACACUGUACUAGCUCUGGUAUUCUAUUUAGCAACUUAAAUAGAAUGCUUUAGUCCGUUAAAACACAAACCCAGUCCUGCUUUUCUUCACAAAAGCAUCACUAACGUGCUACUGUUAGAUGUCAAACUUGGAGAAGACAUUUUCCCUCCACCCUGACAUGCCCAUUUAUGUCACAAAAUAGAUGUGGAUGUGAGCGAAGUGGAUAGGGAAAUGGAAGAGAGACUGGGUAAGGGGCUAAAGCGAAAGGUGGCAACCCUAAUGUAAACUGACAGCAGAUGAGUACUCAAGCCCUUGUUCUUCUAUUUCAUGCAUAAAGACGAUUUCAGUGGAAUUUCUCAGACUCAGCACCUGGGCCCUUUAUCACCUUCAUGACAGUUUAACUUCUGCACUGACAGUUGUGGAUGUAGUGAAAUUGCAGUAUGCAGUGUGAGCCAAAGGCAGUAUUGCACACUGCUUCUAAGGAGAGGACACUACUGCAGGCCUUGAAAAGAGAACAUCUCACUUGGUUUCUGAUUUUAAUCCUUUCAGUCUCAAGCCAUAAAAUAAGCACAGGAUAAGCAUGAAUCAUGCCAUGCAUUGAAAGCAAUGCAAUGAAAAUGUUCCACGGUCACUGUACUUACAUUUUGGUGAUUAAAACAUUUAUUUCUAUUAUAAUUCUUGUGUUCUGUGAAAUGUUAAUGAUAAUUAUGUCUGGAAAAUCAUGACACCUAAGCUUUGCAAAUAAUUAGCGUUUUGAAGCCAUGAAAGAUUAAAAUGCAGGGAAAUGUUUAAGUGAGUCAUGCACUUCAUACAACGUAUAAAGGAGACUUGGAAAUGUUACAUAUAUAUGUAUAUGUUAGAAGCAUUCUUACACUGCUAUUUUAAAGCUGUCACCUUAAAACAGUUAUUCUGUAUUUUUUCUUUCAAACUUGUAGUGUUUAUUUUUCCUGAGCCAUUCAGAUGCACUGUUUUAACUGUAUUACACUGGAAUUUUCAGCUAACUGCUGAGUAUGUUCUUUGCAAUUGAAGAAAGACUGCUUUUUGCAUUUUAGCAAAAUAACCUUCCUUUAUCUGUAUACUGAAAUUAAUAAAUUAAAUCAGGUUGUUUUGUGCAUUA